AUGGAUCGUAAAAGACCAUAUUAUUACCUUCUAAUGCUCUCUGUGUUGGCCAUUUGUUUUGUGCCAUCGUUGGGAGACACAAAUGCUCAAAUUUUGAUGAGGUUCAAAGUUUCCUUGUCAAAUGGCAAUGCCUUAAACGACUGGGGAAACGAGUCUAGUUUAUGUAGCUGGACUGGCAUGUUAUGCCGCGCUGACCAAACAUUUUAUGGCUUGAGACUAGAACACAUGGGACUAGGUGGGAAGAUUGAUGUAGAAACCUUGUUUGAAUUGCCAACUUUGGUAAGUUUUAGUGUCAUUAACAAUACGUUUGAGGGUCCAAUGCCUGAGUUCAAAAAGCUUGUGAAGUUAAGGGCAUUGUUUCUGUCUAAUAACAAGUUCUCUGGUGAUGUUCCGGAUGAUGCUUUUGAGGGCAUGAGAAGACUGAAAAGGGUAUUCUUAGCAGAAAAUGGCUUCACUGGUCAUAUUCCUAAGUCACUUGCUAACUUACCUAGACUCUUGGAUUUGGACUUACGUGGGAAUGGUUUUGGAGGAAACAUACCAGAAUUUCAACAGAAGGAUUUCAGAGUGUUUAAUCUGUCUUAUAACCAAUUGGAGGGUCCAAUACCAGAAAGCUUAAGCAACAAAGAUCAAAGUUCAUUUGCUGGCAACAAAGGCCUAUGUGAAAGGCCUAUGAGUUCUUGCAGUCAUAUUCGCGGCAACGAACCUAGAUCAGAGGAUAUCUUCCCUGAACAUCAAAGAAAGGGAAGGAAAUUCAAAAUUCUUAUAAUAGUCAUUAUAGUGGUGGCAGUGGUUGUUUUUGCUUCAAUGGUGGCACUUCUAUUUAUUCAUAACCACAGGAGAAAAAGGUUGCAACCUGGAAUAGUAGCCAAGCAGGGAAAUUCCCAGAAAAAUAAUGCAGGCUUCAAGGAGUCACAAUCCGUUGAUCUGACAAGUGAUGUCAAGGAUGGUGAUGGCCAACUGAACUUUGUCAGGGAAGACAAAGGGGGAUUUGAUUUGCAAGACCUGCUUAGUGCCUCAGCUGUGGUUCUUGGUAGUGGCAGUUUCGGGUCCACUUACAAGGCUGUGGUUUUGAAUGGACCAACAGUGGUUGUGAAGAGGUUUAGGCAUAUGAACAAUGUUGGGAAACAAGAGUUCAAUGAGCACAUGCAAAGGCUUGGAAGCUUAACACACCCUAAUCUUCUCCCUCUUGCAGCAUUCUACCACAGAAAUGAAGAUAAGUUCUUGGUUUAUGACUUCGCUGAAAAUGGCAGUUUGGCCAGUCAUCUACAUGGCAGAAAUGGCUCUGUGCUGACCUGGUCCACCCGUUUGAAGAUCAUAAAAGGGGUGGCUAGGGGCUUAGCCUACCUCUAUGAAAACUUCCCAGAGCAAAACCUACCUCAUGGUCAUCUCAAGUCCUCUAAUGUGGUUCUGGAUCAUUCAUUUGAACCACAGUUGACUGAGUAUGGUCUUGUGGCAGUGAUGAGCAACAGCCAUGCUCAGAAGUUCAUGGCAGCCUACAAGGCCCCAGAGGUGAGCCAAUUUGGCAGGCCAAAUAUGAAAAGUGAUGUGUGGUGUCUGGGGAUCCUCAUUCUGGAGCUGCUGACAGGGAGGUUUCCAGCAAACUACCUGAGACAUGGGAAGGGUGGGAACAAUGCUGACUUGGCAACAUGGGUUGAUGCAGUUGUGAGGGAAGAGUGGACUGGUGAGGUGUUUGAUAAGGACAUCUUGGGGACUAGGAAUGGGGAGGGUGAGAUGCUGAAGCUGCUGAGGAUUGGGAUGUUUUGCUGCAAAUGGAGUGUUGAGAGUAGGUGGGUUUGGAGGGAGGCAGUGGCCAAGAUUGAGGAGGUAAAGGAGAAGGAUGGUGAAGAUGAUUCUUCUUCUUAUGUCAGUGAAGGAGAUUUGAAUUCAAAGACUAUGACUGAAGAUGAAUUCUCUUUCUCUGUCACUAGUUGA